CGUCCAGCGCGAGUCCAUCAGUGAGCGCGCAACUGUUACUGUCAGGAUUGAUCUGCCUCUCUCACAUAUUUGUUUUUAUUCGUUUCUACGAUUUAAGGAUUUUUGAAACAUACCUGAAAGAGCACAUCUGUGCUGUGCGAUCGUGAUGAGGAGCUAAGGGUUAUCUUUUUCUCUAAACUUUUUAAGUUUGGAUGCCGGGAGGCUUUAGCGUUACUGUCGGGCUAUGGCAAAGACAUCUCAUGUUCUUUCUCUCGUCGACUUUUUUCUCACCAUCAACGUGGUUAUAGCAAUAGAGCUCAGGUUUGUGCCUGAUCCUCCAACUCUAAACAUGACUGAAAAGACUCUCAAAAUCAAUGCCUCAGAUACACUUCAGAUCACCUGCAGGGGGCGUCAGAUCCUGGAGUGGGCUACACCUCACAACCGAACCCGUUCUGAAACCCGGCUCACCGUAUCAGAUUGUAGUGGCGAUGGACUAUUCUGUAGCACUUUAACCCUCUUAAAGGCAGUAGCCAAUGAGACGGGAGAGUAUCGCUGCUUUUAUAAAAACCUGCCCAUUGAGGAUGGGAAGACUUCUGUGGGGGUUUAUGUCUUUGUUCAAGAUUAUCGCAUGCCGUUUGUCCGAAUGGCUCAAGAUUAUGAUGUGGUGUUUAUUCGAGAAGGAGAGCGAGUGGUCAUCCCUUGUGUGGUAUCUGUGGAGGAUUUAAACGUCACAUUUUACACGAAGUAUCCAGUAAAAGAACUAGUCACUGAUGGGAAAGAGGUGCUCUGGGACAGCAAGAAAGGGUUCAUUAUCCAAAGUCAUAUUGUCAGCUAUGCUGGCGUGGUCUACUGCGAAACCAUUAUUCAAAAUGAGACAUAUCAGUCCUCACCUUACAUUGUGGCUGUUGUAGGAUACAAGAUCUAUGACCUCACCCUGAGCCCGGCUCAGGAGAGGCUGACGGUAGGGGAGAGGCUAGUGCUGAACUGCUCCGCUCACACUGAGCUUAAUGUGGGAAUCAACUUUCAGUGGACCUUCCCUCACGAGAAGAGAAGCGUCAACAGCUCAACAGCCCAGUCACGAUAUAUAACUAAAUCCAACAAGAAGAAACUCUGGAAUUCUUUAGAGCUGUCCAAUACCCUCAUUGUGGAAAACGUGACCAUAAAUGACACAGGAGAGUACGUAUGCACAGCCUCCAGCAUGCAGAUGCAAAAGAUUGCACGUGCCUCCCUCAUCGUCUACGAGAAACCUUUUAUUGCACUGAAUGAUCAGAUAUUUCAGACUGUAGAAGCAACUGUUGGCCAGCCAGAGGCAAAAAUCCUUGUUAAAUACUACGCUUAUCCAGAGCCCUCUGUCAAGUGGUAUAAGAACGACCAACCAAUAUCAUGGAAGGAUGAGUACAGAAUGAAACCUGCCCGAGGAUCUCUCACUCUAUAUGGUGUUACAGAAAAGGAUACUGGAAAUUACACCGUUAUCAUGACAAAUAAAAUCACCAGGGAGGAGCAAAAGAGAACAUUUCAGCUUUUGGUUAAUGACCAUCCCAGGAUUUUGGAAAAGGAAGUACCUAUGGAUCGAGAUGUUCAUAUGCAUGGAAGUAGCCCUACGCUUAGGUGUACUGCCAGCGGAGGAUCCAGCCCUGUCACAAUACAAUGGCAGUGGAUGCCCAGAGAGGACUGUCAAAUCAGAUUUCAACCUAAGGCAGAGCAGAAUGUGGUGAAGUGUGACAGAUGGAGGGAGAUAUUAAACAGCACAGGGAAGAAUCCCAUCAGCAGCCCCACAUCAGUUACUGAUCGAUCUCUCAAGACUAUCAGCACACUGAAGAUCCAGAAGGCAGUUGACCACGCUCUCUACAAGUGCAUUGCCACCAACAAGAUGGGAACAGAUGAGAGAGUCAUUGUGUUCCAAGUAACCCGGUUCCUAAGUCUAAGUGUGCUCCCUUCUAACGUCCCUAUCGAGGGAGAAGACGUAGUGAUGCGCUGCGUAGCCGAUCGACUGCUCUAUGCUAACUUGCACUGGUAUCGGGUAAUAAACGUAGCCAACCCUGAUGCUCUUCAAGCGGCCGUACCUUGUGACACCCUCACUCUGUCACCAUUCCCCCAGCCCAACGUUACCAUACCAGGCCUGCAGGGCAGCAAUACAACGCUGGACCUGUCCAUACCAAACGCCACCAUAAUGGACCAGGGUCUCUACGCUUGCCAGGUGGAGAACGUGGGGACCAGUGAGAGAACCUGCUUACUUCACAACCUCAGACUAAGAGCUCUUGAGAUGUCCAGAAUUGUGACCAAUCUAACUGACCAGAGAGUGAAUGUGAGUGACUCCACCACUUUAGUGUGUGACGUGUCUGGAACGCCGACCCCUCGUGUUUUGUGGACAAAGGACAACCGUACUGUCAUAGAAGGAUCAGGUGUGAUUCUAAAACAGUCAAAUCGUGUCUUGACCGUCCAACGGGUGAAAAAAGAAGAUAGCGGUCUGUACGUAUGCACAGCGUGUAACCAGCAAGGCUGUGAAUCUAAAGAGGCCCAUAUCACUGUAGAUGGUGCUGAAGAAAAGAUGAAUGUGGAAUUGAUCAUGCCCAUCGGUGCUGUGGUCAUUGCCAUGUUCCUCUGGCUCCUCAUCGUCUUUGUCAUUCGCAACAGAAAACGGCCCAAUGAUGGAGACCUGAAAACCGGCUACCUGUCAAUCAUCCUCGACUCGGAUGACAUGCCGAUGGACGAGCACUGUGAGAGACUGACCUAUGAUGCCAGCAAGUGGGAGUUUCCUCGUGACAGACUCAAACUAGGGGAUCCGCUGGGCAGAGGAGCAUUUGGUCAAGUUGUAGAGGCGGCUGCAUAUGGUAUUGAGAAAGUCACCACCUGUACUACAGUAGCAGUGAAGAUGCUCAAGGAGGGAGCCACUGCCAGUGAGUACCACGCUCUGAUGUCUGAGCUAAAGAUCCUCAUCCAUAUUGGGCAUCAUCUCAAUGUGGUCAACCUUCUAGGAGCCUGCACCAAACCAGGACCCUUGAUGGUGAUUGUAGAGUAUUGUAAGCACGGUAACCUCUCCAGCUAUUUGAAAAGCAAGCGGGGAGAUUACAGCCCAUACAAGCACACGGCACGGCAGUGCCAGAGGGAGGUGCAGCAGGAAGAGGAUUUGCGUGAGGGGGAUCUGGGUCUGGGAACCAGUACACGCCUGGACAUCUGCACUGGCACUGCGGUGUGUACCAGACUGAGUGAAAAGACCUCCAUAAACCAUGAGCAGCAUGAGCAAGAGAGUUCAGACUGGGAUCAACUGACAUUGGAGGAUCUCAUCAGCUAUAGUUUCCAGGUGGCCAAAGGCAUGGAGUUCCUUGCAUCCAGAAAGUGUAUUCAUCGUGACCUGGCAGCCAGAAACAUCCUCCUCUCUGAGAACAAUGUGGUGAAGAUAUGUGACUUUGGACUGGCCAGAGACGUUUAUAAAGACCCUGACUACGUCCGUAAAGGAGAUGCUCGUCUUCCUCUGAAGUGGAUGGCCCCAGAGACCAUCUUUGACCGCGUGUACACCACACAGAGUGACGUGUGGUCGUUUGGUGUGCUCCUCUGGGAGAUCUUCUCACUUGGUGCAUCUCCGUAUCCAGGUGUGUGUAUUGAUGAGUCCUUCUGCAGACGGCUAAAGGAAGGAACCCGAAUGAGAGCUCCAGACUACGCCACACCUGAAAUAUACCAGAUCAUGCUGGACUGUUGGCUUGAUCGACCUAAAGAGAGGCCAACUUUUACUCAGUUAGUCGAGCAUAUGGGAAAUCUGCUACAAGUUAGCGCUCAACAGGAUGGAAAGGACUACAUCCCAUUAACAAACGGAGAGGUGGAAGAGUGUUCACAGUCCCCUCAUCACAAUGCUAAAUCUAACGUAACAUUAUACACAAGCAGCGCAGAGGCACAGCUCCACUAUGAUAAUGCUCCUACUCUGGGGUUACCACAGCAGAUAGACGGUGGUGUGCCAAUGAGUAUGACAACGUUUGUGGACAUUCCCUUGGAGCACACUGCAGUAAUGAAUGGUCACAUGGACUGUGGAGUGGGCUUAUCACGUGAACAGAUGAAAGCUCUGGAUCGCCACGUGCAAAGAACCUCCAACUUUAGCCCACUUCUGCGGUGCAAGAGUAAGGAGUCUUUAGCUUCGGAGUCAUCCAAUCAGACCAGCGGCUAUCAGUCCGGCUAUCAUUCAGAUGACGCAGAAGCACCCAUAUACGCCAACGAGGAAAUGAUUCUGAAGAGAGACUUCCAGAAGAAACCUCCACUGCCUAAGAGAUAUGAGAAGUUCAUUACAGAUGUCCGUUAUAGCGCACCUCCGGUUUAAUAUAAUUUUUCAUUCCAUAUUAGGUUAUUUUUGUCAUUAGUCAUUAUGACUCCACAUGUCGUCCAACAACAACAAACGGACUCUCGCUUAAUCUUUUGAAUUGUAUGUGUAAGGGAACCACUCACUCAUUUAAACCUUUUCCUUUUAUUAUACUCGAUUUUUGAAAUAAAUGUAAUAUAUUGUGUUGGAACAGACUGUUUUGGUGCAGAUAAGAUGUAUGUUUUAGUUUUAUUCUUCUAAAUGUCAGGGAGAUUUCAAGAGAGAGAGAAAGCCUUAGCAAUACAAUCAUGUUUACACAGAUGCAGAGCAAGUGGCCUCUCGGUGUGUCCACGCCACUUCCUGAGCAGAGUCACGCCCUCUUCCUGCCAAACAGGAAAUAGCAACUGGAAUGUCAGAAAAUUGAGUGUGUGAAUGUUUUCCCUUUUUUGUCUUCAUCUUUUGCAUUGUCUGCCAAUGAAUGACCAGACUUGUCCUCUCUCAAGCAACUCAUUUCUCAUCUUUGUUUCUUGGUUGGCCUUUUGAUUGUACAGUUUGUUAUGAGGGCCUUUUUGUAAGAAAAAUAUCAGUAUUUUGCCAUAAAGAUUAUUAUUUAGUAACACACAUUCUUGUAAUUAGUUUUUUUUUAAUAAACUCUUGCCAGUUAUAA